UGGGGGGAAUUUAGUUCUGCAGAGGAGAGAUGACCAGCAUGCAUGGCCAGAGAAUUUUGAGUGUUGGCCUCCUGGUGGUGACCUUAUGUGCCGCCCUGACAUUGGCCCAGUUUCCUCGAGAAUGCGUCACCACUGAGGUUCUGCGCAGUGGCCAGUGCUGCCCUUCUCCUACCAGCACUGUGGGAGAUGAAUGUGGCGCCAGCACAGGGCGAGGACGGUGUGUGGCCAUUGUUGCUGACAACCGACGUCACGGACCCCAGUACCCAUACGCCGGCCGUGAUGACAGAGAGAGGUGGCCGCUAAGAUUUUUCAAUCGCACAUGUCAAUGCAACGGGAAUUUCAGCGGUUACAACUGUGGCCGAUGCCGACACGGGCUGAUGGGAGUAAACUGUGAUCAGAGGAUCUCUGUGGUAAGAAGGAACAUAAUACAGAUGAGCACCGCUCAGAAGCAAGCAUUUGUAAAUGCUUUGGACCAAGCUAAGAGGACGAUCCAUCCUGACCUGGUCAUCUGCACAAGACGAUACCAGGAGGUGUUUGGACCUGAUGACAACACCACCCAGUUUGAGAACAUCACUAUUUACAACUACUUUGUUUGGAGCCACUACUACUCAGUCAGUAAGACCUAUCUGGGGCCCGGGCAGAGCAGCUUUGGAGGGGUGGAUUUCUCCCAUGAGGGCCCCGGAUUUGUCACCUGGCACCGAUUUCAUCUGCUGCAACUAGAAAGAGACAUGCAGGACAUGUUGGGUGACCCCACCUUCGCCCUUCCUUAUUGGAAUUUCGCCAUCGGAGGCAGCGAUUGUGACAUUUGCACCGACGACUUGAUGGGAGCACGAAGCAACUUUGAUAUAAACUCCAUCAGCUCCAACUCUGUGUUCUCCCAGUGGAGGGUCAUCUGUGAAAGUGUGGAUGACUAUGACAGUUUGGGCACCAUCUGCAACAGCACAGAGACCAGCUCCAUCAGGAGGAACCCGGCAGGAAACGUAGCGCGGCCCAUGGUGCAGCGGCUGCCCGAGCCAAAGGACGUGCUGGACUGUCUCGAGCUCAACACCUUCGACACGCCGCCUUAUUACUCCACGUCUUCAGAAAGCUUCAGGAACACCAUCGAAGGCUACAGCGCCCCCCAGGGAAUGUAUGACCCCGUGAUCCGGAGCCUCCACAACUUAGCCCACCUCUUCCUAAAUGGGACGGGCGGACAGACUCAUGUCUCUCCCAAUGAUCCCAUCUUCGUCCUCCUGCACACAUUCACCGACGCAAUCUUCGACGAGUGGCUCCGCCGGCACAGUCCAAGUGAGGUUGUUUACCCUGAGGAGGAUGCCCCUAUCGGUCACAACCGCCGAUUCAACAUGGUUCCUUUUUGGCCUCCAGUCACCAAUGCAGAGAUGUUUGUCUCUGCUCCAGAAAACCUGGGAUACUCCUACGAGGUCCAGUGGCCAGCCCGUGCCUACACUCUGUCCGAGAUCAUCACCAUAGCAAUCGUAGCUGCGGUGCUGGUGGUGGUUGUUGUGGUGGGUGUGGUCUCCUGUGCCGUACGCGCUCGGUCCUACCGCUCAGCGGAGGCUCUGGAGCCGCUGCUCACGGAGACUUAUCGGUAUUACUCAGAGGAUGACCGGAGGGCGGACCAAUCGCCAGCCGCCAUUUAGAGCAAUCGAAGCACUUUCAAGCAUGAGUACUGCUUUUGUAUUUUUAUGAUGGUUCCAAUAAAGUCGACCUGGUUUUGAA